CAUCAUGGACGAGGUGGAGGACGGCGAUGAAGACCACAAAGAGACUCACAGGUGCGACAUGCUUGACUCUUCCUCCAGAAGAAUGAAGAAUUUAACACCAGGAGGGGGAGCAACAGCAGGGGCGCGCAGGAACUCCAACAACAAUGAUCUCCGCGUAGCGCACGACAAGGACUUCGCCUCUGUCUUGUGUAAAGGCGCCACGGAAUCCGCGUUCCUCCUGUGCCAGGGAGAUGUCUCCGGCUUUUGCGCCCCGGUCACCAGGGGUGGCGUGGACAAGUCCUCUGGAGCAGCCGCGUUUGAAGGAGAGGAUGGCACCGGACGGAGAUGCGUAAUCAACGGAGAUUGCAGAAGAGCCGCGAGCUUGUCCUCGACCCUCUCUAAACAGGAGAAGCAGACAGGUGGAGGUGGUCACUCCACCACCGCCAGCAUGGAUGGCUCGGUCACUCCUUUAGCACAGGGGCCAGGGGCUGAGACGGCGAGUUUAGGGGCCCCAACCUCCAAUGUUCCCAACGAGAAGGACUCGAGAGUUGCCUUCACAAACGCGCCGAGCAGAAAGUCGUCCUCACCUGCCCACGGAGCGACCCCGAACCAGCAGACAGGGAAUUCUGCCAGCUUUCCCAAGUUUGAGGAUGGACAGAUCAUGGCAGACGAUGGGGAAUCAAGAGACAAUCAAACUUACAUGCAGAGACAGUUCAGUUCCAUGCUACAGCCCGGGGUUAAUAAAUUCUCCCUGCGUAUGUUUGGGAGCCAAAAGGCAGUGGAGAAGGAGCAAGAACGGGUCAAAUCGGCCGGCAAUUGGAUUAUUCAUCCUUACAGUGAUUUCAGGUUCUACUGGGAUUUCACAAUGCUUAUGUUUAUGGUGGGCAACUUGAUUAUCAUCCCUGUGGGCAUCACCUUCUUCAAGGAGGAGACCUCCACUCCCUGGAUUAUCUUCAAUGUAGUGUCUGACACUUUCUUCCUCAUGGACCUGGUACUGAACUUUCGUACAGGCAUAGUCUAUGAAGAAAACACAGAGAUAAUACUGGACCCUGAAAAGAUCAAGAAGAAGUACCUGAAGUCGUGGUUUGUGGUGGACUUUGUCUCAUCCAUCCCGGUGGAUUAUAUCUUUCUCAUCGUAGAGAAAGGCAUCGACUCGGAGGUUUACAAGACGGCAAGGGCGUUGCGGAUUGUGCGUUUCACCAAGAUCCUCAGUCUACUGCGACUUCUUAGACUGUCCAGACUCAUUCGCUACAUCCAUCAAUGGGAGGAGAUUUUUCACAUGACCUAUGACCUGGCCAGCGCAGUUAUGCGCAUAAUCAAUCUCAUUGGCAUGAUGUUGCUGCUGUGCCACUGGGACGGCUGUCUGCAGUUCCUGGUGCCCAUGUUGCAGGACUUCCCUUCGGACUGUUGGGUGUCCCUGAACAAGAUGGUGAAUGACUCAUGGAGUGAGCUGUAUUCGUUUGCCCUGUUUAAAGCCAUGAGCCAUAUGCUGUGUAUUGGGUACGGACGCCAGGCCCCUGAGAGUAUGUCUGAUAUCUGGUUGACCAUGCUGAGUAUGAUUGUGGGAGCCACCUGCUACGCCAUGUUCAUUGGCCAUGCCACUGCCCUCAUACAGUCGUUGGACUCUUCCCGUCGCCAGUACCAGGAAAAGUACAAGCAAGUUGAGCAGUAUAUGUCUUUCCACAAACUUCCGGCCGAUUUCCGUCAGAAGAUCCACGAUUACUAUGAGCACAGAUACCAGGGCAAGAUGUUUGAUGAAGAAAGCAUUUUGGAAGAGUUGAACGAACCACUGCGAGAGGAAAUAGUCAACUUUAACUGUCGGAAGCUGGUGGCAUCCAUGCCGCUCUUCGCCAAUGCAGAUCCCAACUUUGUGACAGCCAUGUUAACAAAGCUUCGCUUCGAGGUCUUCCAACCAGCCGAUUACAUCGUUCGUGAGGGAACUAUAGGCAAAAAAAUGUACUUCAUUCAGCAUGGUGUAGUCAGCAUUCUGACCAAAGGGAAUAUUGGCAUGAAGCUCUCUGAUGGCUCCUACUUUGGGGAGAUUUGCCUGUUGACCCGCGGAAGAAGAACUGCCAGCGUUCGCGCAGACACCUACUGCCGUCUGUACUCACUCUCUGUAGACAACUUCAAUGAAGUACUGGAGGAGUACCCCAUGAUGAGGAGAGCAUUUGAGACAGUUGCCAUCGACCGCCUUGACCGCAUAGGAAAGAAGAACUCCAUCCUGAUGCACAAAGUACAGCACGAUCUCAACUCUGGGGUCUUCAACAACCACGAGAACGAGAUGAUUCAGGAGAUUGUAAAGUAUGAUCGGGAAAUGGUUAAAUUGGUGAAACAAGGGGACAUGCAGAGUUCUAGGGCCAUGUCAAUGACUCCUUCAACCCAUGGUAGCUUUUUUGCACCUUCCAGCCAACCCUCCACCAGUUCUGCAAUUGCCACUCUCCAGCAGGCUGUGGCCAUGAGCUUCUGCCCCCAGAUGGGCAACUCUCUAGUGGGAUCUGGUGCCGUCCAGUCUCCCCGGAUGGUGCGGCGCUUCCAGGUGGUCAAGAGCCAGACUCCCCCAGGCUCCCAGUACUCCACGUUAGCCCUGGCCUCAGCUCUUGCUAGCACACCUGUCCAUAGCCCUCUGGCCACAACUGGUCGAACUUUCCAGUAUGGGUCCAGCCCUCCUGGUGCACCCUCAGGCUCCCAGCUAUGCCUUGCACAGCAACACAUUCCCAGCCCCACACAUCGACCACAAGGCCCCAGGAGCACUCUAAGCCAGGAUGCCCGAGCUCUGUCCGCCUCCCAGCUAUCAUUGCCCCAAGAUUUGCUGCAACCAGUUGCCCCAAGUCCUCCCCAGUCCACCAGAGUCUCCUCCACAUCUAUUGGGCCCCCUCAGAAUCUUCUAGGCCCUGCAGGUCUUAGAGGUAGCAUCCCUCCCAGAAUGGCACUGCCCCACCAAAUGUCUGUAGGUGCAUUCCCUCCCGCUUCCCUCCCCCAGAUGAGAUCCAGCUUGGAUUCAGGACAGCCCAAGAAGGAUUCAAUAAUCAGCCUGCCAGAAACUGACCACCACAUGAGAUCUAGAUUGUCGUCAAAUUUGUGACCAUGAUGAGCUGGUGGGCACAGCCGGUGUACCUGUAGACUUUCCCUCCCCAAGAACAUUUCCCAUUUCUUUGUCACACCUUGGAUUCGACUCUCAGAAUGUAUGUAGUGUGACCGGUCACAAAAACUCUCAGACUUGAUAGCAUACAAUGAACAACAUGUCUGUAUACUUCUAAACAUGACUGGGACAUUUCCAUUGUACCUAUAAUAUAAACAUCACUGUAGCUGCCACCCAAACAGUUUGCCUCUUUUAAAUGGUUUUGUUUAUUGUAGCUGUUCACAAACAUUACAAAAUGUACCCACUCUUUUUUAUAUACUGUAGACCAAAUGAUGCAAACUGACAUGAAUACCAGUUUGCUUCUGCUCAUAAUGUAGGAGGUUAUUCCCUCUUCUCAACAUGAACCAGCUAGACAAUAUAUAUUUAACCUAUAAUGCACAAUAUUAGAAUUGUUAUAGGAAGAAAGACAAUGCUGUAUUAGACAGAUGGUCAUUGGAAUCCAGGUUCUGAAAAGGGAUGGAAUUGCAGUCCGUGUUUUUAUUUCUUAUUCCAUCAGACCAAAGUUGGGCCAAAAGAAAAUUGUUAACAUGAGGUGACAUGUAUAGGUGUCAAAUGAAAUGAAAGGAUAAAAAUCAAAUAUAAUUUCCUUGCCUUGAUUUUGACAAACUUUGUGUGACCAUGUUUGUGUUUCUUAGCUAUAAGUUCCACAAAAGAGCACAUUUCAUUCAUGCCCUUUUUAACAUUAGGACACAAAAUGAACUAAUAGUUUUGUAAUUAGGGUUCAUGAAAGUGAAUAUCACAGAUUAUUAACUAAUUAAACUGGUGCAGUACAAAGUCUAAUGACUGGGAUAAUAAUUUGCCCUUAUCUGGUGGAGUCAAAUGCAUUUAAGUCUUAAUUCCAAUGGACUUAAGUAGCUUUCUUCACAAAGGUCAGCUUUUAAAAAUCAAUUAUGAAUUUAUUUAAAAGAUUCAAUGAGUUUUUAAAAGACUAUGGCACUGUCCUAUAUUUAAAUUUGUUCUUCUUCACAAAAUACUCAUUGGUCAAAGCUUGAGCAAUUCUGAGGGGAUCACACAUGGGUAACAACAAAAUGUCCUGGUCCUAUUUUACUCUAAAAUCAAAAGAAACUAAUACAAUAUAUUUGCCAUAUAUAAAAUGAAGCCUUUUCUUUUUUGGGCAAUUACAAAUUUUUAUAUUGUAUUAUUUUCAUGAUAGCUACACCCAUUUAUGAUAUUCUCAUUACAGCAAUGAAAACAACAAAAAACAAAUUAUUAAAUAAAUUGAAAAGUAAAAAAAAAAAAAAUCUAUAUGCAAUAUUUAUACACACACACACACACACACACACACACACACACACACACACAUAUACAUAUAUAUAUACAUAUAUGUAUACACACACACGAUCAGCCACAACAUUAAAAACACCUGCCUA